AUGACUCCAAUAUUGAGAGAGAUUGAAUUACAUCGUUCCUUAACGCAUAAACGGAUCGUCCGUUUUCAUCACUUCUUCGAAGAUGACGAUCACGUUUAUAUCGUUCUAGAAUAUUGCACAAGAAAGUCACUAGUCCAUGUUUUGAAGAACAGAAAGUUACUAACAGAACCAGAAGUUAGAUACUUCAUGCUUCAGUUUUUAGAAGGUGUGGAUUAUAUUCACAGAAAAGGAAUUAUUCAUAGAGAUUUAAAAUUGGGAAAUUUGUUCCUAACUGAAAAUAUGGAACUCAAAAUUGGAGAUUUUGGCCUUGCUACUUACUAUGAAAGUGAAAAGAAUGCAAAAAUGACUGUUUGUGGUACUCCAAAUUAUAUUGCUCCAGAAGUAUUGAAUAUGGAGGGCCAUUAUAUGGAAACGGAUAUUUGGGCUGUCGGUUGUAUUAUGUAUGCUAUGUUAGUUGGCCAACCUCCUUUUGAGACUUCCACAUUAACUGAAACCUAUGCUCGUAUAGUUGGCAAUAAGUACAGUCUUCCCGAUAAUAUUUCUGAGCCGGCAGCUGAUCUUAUAAUGAAAAUGUUAAAAAACAAACCAACUGAUAGGCCUUCUAUUGAACAAAUUCUUAAACAUUCAUUUUUUACCACUGGUUACACUCCUACUGAGUUAUCACCUAUGUGUUGCAUGGUUUCUCCUAAAUUUCCAUCUGUUGUAACACUUUCAAGGUGAGUUUAAUAUUAAUUAAUGCAAAUAUUCUAUAGAAAAACUAUACAAUGAAUACAAAAGAACAUUAUUAUUUUUUAUC